UGUAAAUGUGCAAAAAGAAAUGGAGGCGAAGAGGCAACUCAGCGCAAGGACAAAACUAGAUGAUGCUAUUAGUUUAGAUCGGUCAAUCAAUUACGAGUCACAUGAAGAGGAUGAUGAGCUCUUUAACCUAAAGCAAUCACUUAAAAUUACAGAUGAAAACUUGCGAAAACAGAGAAUGGAAAAUGAAAAGAGAAAACUUCAGGACGAAUUACAAAGAAAACAAACGGAACUUGAGAAAGAGAAAGAUAGACACUUUGUGAAUACAGCACACCCAACAUUCAGCUGUCCUUACAUUGGAAGUUUGACUUUGGAACAAAUGCAAAGUCCGGUUUCGACUGAAGGAAAAUAUAUCACUCCACCACCAGAGCCGGCACCUGUGCAGCAAGAUGAUUGUGGUAAAGAAUUUUAUAUGAAUAUAAUUAAUGGCAGCUUAAGGUCUACAUUCGAGAAAUAUGGGCCAAGUAUAUGUACGGGAAGUGGUAAUACAACAGGAGCCAAAUCAGUUGUUAUUGUGGGAGCCGGUGUUUCUGGAUUAUCGGCUGCUUUUGAAUUAGAAAAAGUAGGAUACCAUACUCAAAUUGUUGAGCUUCAACACAGAGUUGGUGGUCGAACAAAAACACUUAAAGCUGGAUUUUCUGAUGGACUCCAUGCUGAAGGUGGUGCCAUGCGAAUUCCUAAAAAUCAUUACUGCACUAAUGGAUACAUAAAAAAAUUUGACAUUGAUCUGAGAAAUUUUCAAAAUUACAACGCUUACACUUGGUUGUACCUUGAUGGUAUUGGUAAAAUUAGAACAAAAGAUUGGGAAAAUAAUAACAAAUAUUACUCAGACAAGUUCUAUUUAGGAUGGGAUGCCAACAUACCAGCAUACCAACGGGAUAAAGUAGACGGAAUAUUGCAUUUAUACAGCCUUACCGUCAACCCCGUGAAAGCUGAUCUUUUUGCUAUGAUUGAUUCAAAUGGCCAUCACACUGGAUGGAACAAAUGGGUAGAAAAAUGGAGUAAGCUCUCAGUGAAUGACUUUUUGAGAUCUAGAAUUGGAGCUGAACCCAGCUGCAUUUACAGACCUUGGCCUGAAAUUGCUAUUAGAGGAUAUCAGAUUGGCAGUUACUCUCCUGCUUUCAACACAAGUUUGGUGGAAUUUUUACGAGAUGACUUAGGAAAAUGGUGGACACAUUUGCUUAAAACUCCGGUCGAUGGGAUGGAUACAAUAGCCAAACAUUUUAUUAAACCACAUACGUUCGAACUGAAAACUAUUGAUUUAUCAAGAAAUAUCAGCUAUGGUGUCAGAAUAAAUAAAAUUCGAAAAAUCAACAGAAAUAAGGUUGAAGUUAUAGGAAAAAAUGUCGUGACAGGCGAAGAUAUAUUGUUUCUUGCAGACGCCGUUAUUGUAACGGUUCCAUUAAAUAUUCUUCGGCAAAUUGACAUCGACCUUGACGAAGAAUAUCGUAGAGCUAUUAGUUAUAUUCAUUAUCAACCUUCUACUAAGGUAGCUCUUCAGUGCAGAACACGGUUUUGGGAGAAGGAAGUUGGACAGGGUGGAUUUACAAAAACGAAUCUACCAAUUGGCCAGUUGCAUUAUCCUAGCAGGGAUGAUCCACUACUACCAAAUGAAAGAGGGAUAUUAGUGUCUUAUACAUGGGAACAAGAUGCACUUAUCUUUGGUUCCCAAACUAAACGCGAGGCAAUCGAAAGCGCUGUGAGAGAAGUAAGUAAAAUUCAUCCAGAAAUGAGUAAGCAGUUUGAAGUCGGUAUGGUCCAAGCUUGGUUUAGCGACGAUGCCGCACAAGGCGCUUAUGCGUGUCUUCUUCCAUUUCAGUAUAAUGAAGGCAUGAAAACCCUGAUGACUCCAGAUCACCCUAUAUACUUAGCUGGAGAGGCUAUGUCAUACACAAACGGAUGGAUACAAGGAGCAAUCGAAUCUGGCCUAAAUGCAGCUUAUCAUUUGUAUAGCAAUAAUAAUUUUCGGCGUAUGUGUCCUGAGUGAAACAUUAAUAUUGCAAUCACGCAUGCGUCUAUGUUAUACAAGUUGAUUUUUAUUAAACAAUUGAUAAAAGUACGUUUAAUGAGUAUGCCGAUUAGGUAUAUAAUUUUAAACUUUAGAUACAAUAUAUAUUUACAAAAAUAGUAACAGUUUAUUACUUCAUUUGUAUAUAUCUAUGUUUAUUUGCAAUUCAUGUUCAUGUUUAUUGGAAAUUUAUAUCAAUCUGUAUAUUCUAAUUAUUGUCUUGUGUGAUCUAUGUAUAUAUAUAAACUCAAACGUACUUAAGAAUGAUCUAAGGUAAUCUAUGCCUGGUAUAAGAAAACUCUUUUUUUCGAAAAAUUCAAAGUUUUGUAAGUAGGAAAUUUAUAAAAAUGACCACACUAUCGAUAUUUAUGUCUACACCGAAAUGUUGACUAUUGGGCUGGUGAUACCCUCGAGGACGAAACGUCCACCAGCAGUGGCAUCGACCCAGUUGUGUAAAUAGUUAUCAAAGUUUUACGGACGCCAUCACGAGUUGGUUGACCGUUAUGGAAUAACUGUUUCACAAAUGAUAUCGGGUAUGUUCCUUACGUCGUAACUACAAUCCCCUUCCUUUUCAUGAAUGUGACCUACCGAUUGAGACUAUUUAACGGAUUUUUUAUAACAUGAACAACAAAACGGGUGCCACAUGUGGAGCAGGAUUUGCUUACCCUUCCGGAACACAUGAGAUCACUCCUAGUUUUUGAGUGGGUUCUUGUUGCUUUUUCUUAAGUUUUCUAUAUUCAACUUGUGUCAUGUGUACUAUUGUUUGUAUGUUUGUCUUUUUCAUAUUUAGCCAUGGUGUUGUCAGUUUAUUUUCGAUUAAUGACACUCUUUUAUAUUUAUUAAAGGUAUAUUUAUAGACCUUAAAUUGUGUUAUGGUAUUCAUUUAACGAUUAGUAUGCCAAUAAGAUAUCGGUCUUUAUAGUGCUUCAAUAGACUUUAAAUCAAUUGCAAUAAGAACUAUUUGUAUAGAUCCACUUUCUUUAACGACGAUUAUCAAUACAGUUUUUAAGAAUUAUGCACCUCUUAUUUUUAUCUUAGAAUAUAAUGGUCGUUACUGUUUUUGAUGACACAUUAAACUUUACUUGAUAUAUUUUGAUUUUCUGAUUGAUGUAAGAUAUAUAAAAGUAUGUAUUUUUUUUAGUAUGGCACGGUAGCAGGAUCUUGAUUUGA